AUGCAGUCAUCAAUCAAAGCGGAAACAGCAGCAAAAUUCGGGUUUCAUAAGGUUGGGGAGGAGUUUCGUCGUUCAGUCCUAUAUGGAGGAGUCGUGACCCCACCUCGAAUGUUUUCAAAAUAUGAAGUCCAUGUCAACUCCUUGGAUGGGAGGGUGAAGAAGAUGCUGACCCUAGUUGAUGAGCCGAGAAUCUGCGGAUCUAUCCCUCGUGUACCAAUCGGCCCGUGGAUAAAUCAAUUACAAGAAAAGAAUAUUUGGUUUAAUGACUUCCGGUCGGAUAGUGAAGAAAUCGAGAUUUUAGUUGGGAAUGACCACUAUCAACAAUUGCUCACCCGAAGGAGGAUCACACUAACAUGCGGGUUGACUGCGGUCGAGACAGUGUUCGGGUGGACUUUAAAUGGACGGGUACCUGAGGAUGCCAUGCAAUUUCAAGAUGUUAAUUCUGCCCGUUUAAUGGUUUCCAUGACUUUAUCCCAUGCCAAUGUCCAAGAUUUAUGGGAAUUGGACACCAUUGGUAUUCGAGACCCAACAGAGAGCAAAACUAAAGAGAAAAGGGAUCUCGACGCAUUGAAACAGUUCUCCGAAACCGUGACGCGCAAAGAAGAUGGUAGAUACAGUGUGACUUUGCCGUGGGUGCAUGGGGUGCAAAAUAUCCCUAAUAAUUACAGUGUUGCCGAGAAGAGGUUGCAAUUCACCACACAGAAGUUAUUAAAAGACGGCGUGUAUGAAGAAUAUGAUGGGAUUUUCAAGGCCUGGGAGGAAGAAGGGAUCAUUCAAGAAGUGAAGGACGAUUCAAAAUUGUGCCAUUACCUUCCUCACCGUCAUGUACUGAAACCGGAAAGUCAAACCACUCCAGUCAGACCAGUCUUUGACGCCUCAUGCAAGACUGGGAGGAACCCUUCAUUGAAUGACUGCUUGGAGAAAGGCCCGAAUCUGCUGGAGCUCAUCCCCUCAAUACUGAUGAGAUUUCGAGAGAAGAAUGUGGGGGUGAUAUCCGAUAUCCGGAAGGCUUUCCAGAUGAUCGACGUGCAAGACCGCGAUUGUGACUUUUUGAGAUUCUUGUGGUGGACAUCUUCAGAGGAGAAAACCAUCAAAAUAUAUCGUCAUCAUCGUGUGGUUUUUGGCGUCAAUUGUAGUCCCUUCUUGUUGGGUGCGGUGAUUAAUAAGCAUUUGGAUUCAGCCGCCCCGGAUCAACAACGGAUGGCGAUGCAAUUGAAGAAUUCUCUUUACGUCGACAAUUGUGUGACCUCUGUCAACUCAAUGGCAGAGUACGAGCGUUUCAAGUUGUGCUCUACAAACCUGCUGGCUGAAGCGAAGAUGGAAUUACGCCAGUGGGAAUUUGGUUUUGUGGAGGAAUUUGGAGUUGGUGUCAACUAUAGUUUGGAUUCUCAAGGGCUCAACUCUCCUCAAAAUCAAGAUACGGCCGUGCUGGGUCUCAAGUGGAAUAAGCGGAGAGAUACGCUUCGAUGUGUCAUCACUGCCGCUGAGAACUUGGAGAAGAUAACCAAGCGGAUCCUAUUAUCGCAAAUUCAGAAAACUUUCGAUCCUUUGGGCUUCUUAUCACCAGCACUACUCAUCCCAAAAUUAUUAAUGCAAGAAUGUUGGACUAAGAAAAUUGGUUGGGAUGAAGAAUUACCAGAUCAAAUUCGAGUGCGUUACUUGGAUUGGAUGAAGAAUUAUGGUCUCCUAUCGGAUGUUGAAAUACGGAGGCAGGCAGGAUCAAUCAUUGUGGACGCUGCCCCCAGAUCACGACAAGAACUCCACGUCUUUUGUGAUGCCAGCACUCAUGCGUAUGCGGCAGUGGUCUUCUUGAGGGAGGUGAACGAAAGGGGAAUUACGGUGUCAAUCCUGCAAUCCAAAACAAGACUCGCGCCCAUCAAAACCGUUACGAUUCCGCGGCUGGAAUUACUGGCCUGCACGGUGGGAGCACGACUUGCUCAAUCAGUAAUUAAAGCGAUGCGUUCAGACCUCCCCACAUUCUACUGGAGUGACUCAACGACGGCACUGGCGUGGAUAAGUCGGAAUAACGAGUGGGGGACAUUUGUCGGAAACAGGGUAAAAGAGAUUUGCCAAUUAAGUAACCCUGAUGAUUGGCGACACGUUCCCGGGAUUUAUAAUCCAGCCGACUUACCAUCCAGAGGAUGUGAUCCUGUCAAAUUUUUGGAGUCUCGAUGGUGGGAGGGACCAGCCUGGUUGAAGCAGUCGUCAGAUCAAUGGCCGUCGGAAAAUAUGAAAUACGAUGAAGAAACAAUUCAUGUGGAAGAGAGAAAGUCAGCAGCGGUGGCCAAAUUAUUAAAUGAAGUCCAGAAUCCUUGGUUCACCCCUUUCUCCACUUAUCAGAAGAACAUUCAUUUCAUUGCAUGGAUGACUCGCUUUGUCAAAUAUCUGCAAAAAUUACAGUACCAUAAGGGACAUUUGACUGGGAGUGAGAUUUUGGAUGCGGAGAAGAAGAUAUGGAAAUUGGUGCAGAAUGAUGUCUUCCCCAAAGUUUCAAAAUUCAUGCAUGGAGUCAAUGUGGAUUUGGAUGGAGAUGGUCUGCUACGAGUGAGGACAAGAUUACUGAAUCGUAGUGACAUGGAAGAUUUCAAGAGACCAAUCCUCCUUCCGAAGAAACAUCAACUUGUGGAGCAAUUGAUCAUCAGUGAGCAUCGCAUCAAUUGUCAUGCUGGGACACAACUGCUCACCGGAAUAAUUCGUGAAAGAUUUUGGAUUCUGCAAGCGAGAAGAAGUAUUCGUUCGGUGAUUGCAAAAUGUGUCCAAUAUCGCCGGUUGAAAGUGAAGAAUUUAGAAGUCGAGCCUGCAGCUUUACCGGAGGACAGAGUCAAGAACGCAAAAGUAUUUGAAGUAAUCGGAGUGGACCUAGCUGGACCGCUGUAUCUCAAGGACAAUAACAAGUGUGGAUCGUAUUGUUCACCUGCGCAGUAUAUCGAUGCCUGCACUUGGAAUUAG